CCUUCAUUUUCUUUGAAUUGAAAUUAACGUUUUAGCGCAAAAAAAAAAAAAAAACUGUACGUACGAGAAAUAAUUGGGCUUUUAAAAGAACAACAACAUAAAAGAAUAUGGGUUUAAAUAAGCCCGCUUACAAACGUAUUACCGUUCUCUCAUAACCAACCAGAACUGCACGUCGUUUUCAAAUCUUAGCUUCCCCUAUCAAAACUAACGAGCGCCAAACACAAGAGAAACUCGAAAUAGUCGUCAAAUUUUCCCGCCCAUUUAACACCAACGCUUAAUCGUCAAACCUCAGUUCUCAUCUUCUUCCCGUCACCGACCCUCCGACGAAUCCCACCGACCAAAGAUGGUUUCCACAACCGCCAAAUCGGAAUCAAAACAAGCCCUAAAUCCCAAAACCCCUAAAAACGUCUACCAAAUCGGAGGCCUCCAAGUCGAGUUCCCUUACCAGCCCUACGGGACCCAGCUCGCCUUCAUGAGCCGCGUCAUAUCCACGCUCGAUCGCGCCCAGAGAGACGGCCACUGCCACGCGCUGCUCGAGUCUCCCACCGGCACUGGCAAAUCUCUCUCCCUGCUCUGCUCGGUGCUCGCUUGGCAGCAGAACCACAAAUCGCGGCUUCUGAAAGGGAACUUGUCGCAUUCGAAAGCCGCGCCUGAGGCGGCCACCGAUCCGUUGAACCAUGGAGGUGGAUUCAUCCCCGAAACUCAGCCCGCAGAUACUCCUUUGGCUAGCAAUAAGGAACCAGCUGAGACUGCAACUAAGAAGAAACCCAAAGUUCCUACAAUAUACUAUGCUUCACGAACUCAUUCUCAGAUUACUCAAGUCAUUCGUGAGUAUAAGAAGACUGGUUACAGAGUUCCCAUGGCUGUGUUGGCUUCAAGAAAGCAUUACUGUACUAAUCGUCAUGUACAUGGGAAGGAGAAUGUAGAUGAAGAAUGUCGGUUGCUCCUAAAGGAUAAGACAAACAUACAAUGUUCUGAGUUUAAGAACUUUAGUAAAAUCACAUCUCACCCAUCACUUCAGCAGAGAGGUCACAAUGAGAUUCACGAUAUUGAAGAUCUUGUUAAAGUUGGGAAAAGUGUAAGAGGCUGUCCAUAUUAUGCUGCCUGGUCAUUGGCGGAGAAUGCAGAACUGGUUUUUUGCCCUUAUUCAUACAUAGUUAAUCCUGUCAUUCGAGCAGGAGUUGAAGUAGAUCUGAAAGGAGCGAUUAUAAUAUUUGAUGAAGCACACAAUAUGGAAGACAUUGCUCGUGAAGCAGGAAGCAUUAACUUGGACGAAGAGACUCUUUUCAAAUUGCAGAGUGAACUGGAACAGAUGAGCGUGGCCCAGCCAAUGAUAUAUCAACCUUUAUGUGAAGUAGUAGAGGGAUUGAUAAGCUGGAUUGGAAGAAAAAAGGAUUCUCUAGAAAAACGUGAUUUUCAGCACUAUUUCUCUAGCUGGACUGGAGAUAAAGCUUUAAAAGAGCUCGAGGAAUCUAAUAUUACUCGGGAAUGCUUCCCAAUCUUAUUGAAUUGCUUUACAAAGGCGAUCAGAACAUCAAAGGAGGCAGAAAUGGAAUCAGAUAUGCUUCAUUUAAGUGGGAUCUCUAUUUUGACACUAGAAGAGUUGUUCGCUUCACUUACAUACUUCUUUUCAAGAAAUGGAAGUCACAUCUUAGAUUACCAACUGGGUUUACAACGCUCUACAAAAAGAGGAGAUUCUUCUGGUACCUGGACGCAUACUUUCAGCUUAUGGUGUAUGAAUCCGUCCGUUGUUUUCAAAGACUUAGCUGAUCUUUCUUUAUCCAUCAUUUUAACAUCCGGGACUUUGUCACCGAUGAAUUCUUUCUCAUCUGAACUUGGGAUGCAGUUUGGCACUUGUUUAGAAGCUCCACAUGUGAUUGAUAUUAAUCUGCAGGUGUGGGCUGGUGCAAUCUCCAAUGGUCCUGGUAAUUAUCCCCUAAAUGGAAGUUAUAAAACAGCUGAUUCAUACUCAUUCCAGGAUGCGCUAGGGAAAUCGUUGGAAGAAGUUUGCACUAUUGUUCCAGGUGGCUCGCUUGUAUUCUUUCCAAGCUAUAAGUUGAUGGAAAAACUCUGCACUCGUUGGCGUGAAACUGGGCAAUGGUCUCGGCUCUGCUUGAAGAAGGACCUCUUUGUUGAGCCGAGAGGAGGAGCCCAGGAUGAAUUCGAUUCUGUUCUGAAGGGUUAUUAUGAUUCUAUCCGCGGGAAGAACAGAUUGAUUGGAAGAAAUAGAAGAUUAAAGAAAGCAGGGCUAGUUAAAACUGAGGCUCAGGAUGAUUCCAAGAAAGGAGCUGCAUUUUUUGCAGUUUGUAGAGGAAAGGUUUCAGAAGGAAUUGACUUUGCUGAUGACAACGCCAGGGCGGUUAUAAUUGUUGGCAUUCCAUUUCCAAACUUGCAUGAUCUUCAAGUCGGACUAAAGAAAAAAUAUAAUGAUACGUAUAAAUCAUCUAAGAACCUUCUUGGAGGGAGUGACUGGUAUUGCCAACAAGCCUAUCGUGCUUUGAAUCAAGCAGCAGGGCGGUGUAUCCGGCAUAGGUUUGAUUAUGGGGCCAUCAUAUUCUUAGAUGAGCGAUACAGAGAACAACGGAACAGGGCGUCUAUUUCAAAGUGGCUAAGGCAGUCUAUCAAACUUUAUGAUAAUUUUGAAGAAUCUAUGGAAGGGUUAAGAUCUUUUUUCAACAGUGCGAAGGAACGAGUCGACAGUAAGAUGUUAGGGUCCCAAGAUCAUACUGUUGAGCAAAACUUUUCUUCGGAAUACCUAAGAAUGGAAUGCAUAAAGAAGGAAAAUCAGAUUCAGAUGGAAUGCAAUCAUGAAGAGCCAAAAGGUAAGAAGGUGGUGAAAGUGGAGGACAAUACAAGUUCGAAUCCAAAAUAUGAUUUUAUGAAUGAAGACUGGAAACCAAAAAUAGCCGAAGGCUCGAGAUCCAUGCGGCUUUCUGGUGUGAACUAUGGAACCUCCAUUUCUCAGUUAUCAUCUGUAGGUGACAUACCUUCUCAAACAUUCAUUCAAGUUAAAGAGGAAGAGGUCAUUGACCUUGAGUGUGAUGUCCAACCUGAGCCUGGGUAUUGUGAGGUGUCUUCUGUAACCAAUUGUGAUGAAGAUCCAGAAACAGCAUUUGUUAAGGAAAUCUCUGGUAUGUUCAAAGGUAUUUCUGGAGCCAGUCCAUGUUCUUACUCGAAGAAUGAAAGCUCUAGCCCAGCAACAGGUCUGAGAUCUCCGAGGUCUCCUGAUGAAUUCCUAAAGCAGCGUAUAUCUACUGGAAAUUUAAGAAAAUCUCCUCUUGGAGCAGAGUCACCUUUGAACAUGAGUGUAAAUUCCCAUGCUUUGAAGAGAAGAAAAUUUACAAGCUCUCCAGUCAUUGACCUUGAAGAAGAAAACAGUAAUGCUCCUAGUACUAGUACCAGACCCACAGAUCUCACAAGUUUCACCAAAAGAAUUGAAUUUGGGUUAGGGAGUACCGAAUCAAGAUCCCAAAACGACAAUGUAUAUGCUUUUCCGGAAGUGAAUCAGAGGGUGAUGAAGAUAUCUUGUUCAGUCUGCAGAAGUUCUUUAGGUCAACCUGAGAGCCACUCACCUCCCAAAUGCGUGUUGACUUCUUCGUCCAAAACGUAUUUGCUGUCUCUUCUGAAAGAAACAUUAGGAACUGGUCCUGGAGAAGUGCCAACAAGUGUUUCAGUUGUCAUGACAGAUUGCGAAUUAGUUAAUCAGCGACUCUGCAGAAGUUCUGAAAGUGCAAAAGGUCAGGGAGUUUGGUGCCAGCAAGAUGGAUGUGUUUUCAAUACUAUCUUUUGUCCUUUCUGUAGUAUCCCAAAUACGUGUCUCGGAGUGCAAGUUAAGGCUACUGAUUCAUCAAAUGUCCAGUUUCUAAGCAAAAUUUUGUUCUUUGCUGAUCAAGUAUAUGUCACAGAAGAUGAUGCAAGCAAGGAAAAAGCGUUAAAGCAUGAGGAAUCUCCUGAUGUCAGCAAUACAGAUGCGGACAAGAGUGAUGUGUUUAAGUCAAUAGAGAGAUUUGCAUACUCCCCAACGCCGCAGCAAGAUUCAGGAGGCUGGAGAACUACAAAAUCAAAGUUGAGACUACCUAAACGCACAAGCAAAACUGCCUAGAAAAAGAAUGUAGUCAAGAAAGCCAAACCGGCAUUAAGCUGUCCUCAGCUGAUGUCAACCAAGGAACUUUGCACCUGUGGUAAGAAGAAAGAUUUAGGCUUUUGCAUCUGAACAUGGCCAGCUUUAUUCGGAAAUUGGCUUGUGUUUAGGUCUUGGUCACUUAUAUACAUAACAUACAUAAUUUAUUCGGUUGUGACAACAAAAAAACACAAUUUAUUCGGUUAUUAGAUUUAUUUUUCCAUCUUUAUGAAUAUAAAUUUUUCUCUUGCUAA